GAAAACAACGCAGUGCUUCGUCAAAAUGUAUUUCAAGUGCAUCGCCUGGCUGUCUAUUUUAUUUGGCUUUUCCGUUUCAGGUAUUUAAAUUGAUUUUAUACCCUCGCCAGACGGAAUAUACUUUUUGUCAACAGAAGUUGUAAGAUUUUAUUAUACAUUAUUUAAUAGAAUAAGGCUGAGGUCACACGAGGCGGCUUUUCGUCGGGGAGGCUAGCGGGAUGGAUGUUAAACUGGACAGCUGCUAGAGAAGCCUGUAUUAACGCUGAUUUAGAAUUGGCCAGUGUUUUAUUAAACCAGGAACAUAAUGCCAUUGAAAAAUUUUUACUUGAACACAUUAAAAAGGAAGAAGAUAUAUGGUCUGGAUAUUGGCUCGCUGGAAUACGGCACCAUAGCGGAUCUUUCUACUGGGAUAACACUGGCAUCAAGGUUGGUCUUGGCGGACUGCCUCCUCGUGAUUACCAUGUUAAAUUAUGGUUGUUGGGUGAACCUAACAAUGUUUCCGGUAUGGAACACUGUCUCGAACUUAAAUGGGAUGGAAUAUUUUCGGGAUGGAAUGAUAUUUCUUGCAGCAAAAGAAGACGAUAUAUAUGUCAGAGUACAAGAGAAGGCGGUUUAAGAGAAAAAGACUCUGAAGAUUAUUCCUACCUCGCUUUUCCGAACGCAUUAAAUCAACAAGUUAAUUGUGGUUGUCAUUAAUUAUUGUGAACCGUUGAUAUAUAUCAUCUGCAAUCUUUUUAAACUUGAUUUCCACAUUUUCUUCCUACAAAUGUUUAAGAAGCCGUCUAAAAACCUCUUAAAUCAAAGUUAGGUAUUUUAGAAUUUCAAUUGUUCAAGAAUAAAGUAAAUUUUAAAUACCA